AUGAAAGUGCAAGACGGGCACGACUACAACGAAAAAAUUUUGCGAGGUCAUCAACACCCAGUUUCGUGGACUAUAUCGCAGCGAGAGUGGCGCGACAUAGCAGCGACAUAUCUCGCUGCCAUCUCGCUCAGCUCUAGCAAACUCCCGGCGCGAUAUCGGCGCGAGGUCGCGGAUUAUUGAUUGGUCACUAUUUACGUGCCAUCAAAAAUUUUACUUGAAUUGUUUUAUUUUUUUCGUGUGUUAUAUUCUCUCUGAUUUUUUUCUAUGUCUAUUUUUUUCACUUAAUAUUUCUAAAAUGUUAAUUUUUACAACUAAUGUAACGCUCAUACAGUACCGUCAGAAAAGGAAAAAAAUAUUUUUUUCGCUCACAACUUCCUCGUAUAGAGCUCAAUCUUUCUGAAACGUUUUUCAGCUGUGUUUUCUAAGUUUUUCACCACGGUGUUACAAUCAACAGUCAUCAUAUUUCCAGAAAGUUUCAAAAGGGUGAAAUCCCAUUAAAGAAAGUUGUGAUAAAAAAAGCUUUUUUUGUAUAUUUUUAACGGAACUGCACACCUUUCUUGAAUUUGAAAUUUCUUUUUUUCGCAUUUUUCAUGUUUUAACCAAGAAUUUCAGGUUAUUAGUACUUCAAAAUGGCAUCUAACUUUUUUUUUUUCGAUCAAUCGAUCGAGCCGAUCGAGCCGAGGCUACCCUAGAGUGUACACGGAGUCCGUGCCCGAGCCCGACCAUCACCGCCGUGCCCGUACAAGCGAAACUGCGGGAUCAACUUGUGGAAGAACGAGGCGAAGGACCGUAAGAUCAUGCUUUCAAUUCAAUCGACUACACGUUUUGACUUCUUUUUCGCCAAAGGCGGUGUUAGUGCCGCUCAAAAGAGCAAUUUUUUCACCGCCUAGUCGAUACCAUCUGACUAAAACAACCAAUAAAUAUUGUAUUGUAUUGUAUUGUAAUAAAAAAGUCAAAAAAAGAUCCGUGGGAGAUGGCACUGAAGUUUUGCUUUUGGAUACAAUCAAUAAGAUUCUUGGUAAACUAUUUUUGAAACAGUAUAUCCAUUUUUACUUGAAGAUAUGAUUUGCACUUUGGCGUCGAUGGGUAAGGAAAAAAAGAAAUGAGGCAUGAUUUCGAGAAAGCACGUACUGCUGUCUUGAUACAGUCACUCCUGUGAGUUAUUCUCUUAUUCAAGGUUGGACUUUUUUUCAGUAUUUCUCUUUUUUUAACCGAUUUUAUCAUUUAGAAAAGUUCUUGACGCAGCAAAUGAAGGAUAUGCCGAAAAACUAUCGAGUCAAAGCUUACAGUAACAUUUUUUUAAGGGAACUUAGGGCCAAUCUGAUUGUUUAAAUUAAUUUUUCUUUUUUUCAAAACUUCUUUCAUUUUUCAUUUCGAGCCUCCCUCCUUUAUUUUUUUCUAAUUUGAACUUUUUAAAAAAAUCAUCUACGAGCUUACAAUCGGUUUACUUUUUCUGUUUUUUUAUUGAACCUACUCUUUUUUUCUAGUCACAUUUUUUUCCUAUGAAAAAUAAACGAUACACAUGUUUUUCCUCAUAUUGUCCUUUUUUAUUCUUACUUGAAGCUUCACUCUUUCGCCUCAAAUCAAUUUUUUUUCUUCUUCAGAUUUGUACAUACUUUCCGUUUACUUCGAAUUCGAAAAUGUAUCAUCAAUUAUUUGGAAAAAUUUCUUUAAUGCUCUCAAGUUUUCAUUUAAAUAUAUUGUUUAUAUUAAAUAAAAAAAGUAAAGAAGGUUGAUAAAGACCGAUAUGUUAUCAUGUACAACCCAAUAAAAAGUAUGAAGCAUAGAAAGCAAAUCAAGAAAAAGCCCAAUCGAGCUAAAAAAAUUUUUUUGAAAGAGCGACAUAGCAGCGAGAUGUGAGCGACCUUGCGCCGAGAGGCGAGCGAUAUAGCUCGCGGCUCCCCCGCGAUAUAGCGUUUCUCUCGCUGCGACCUCGUCCGUAAAACUGGGUGAAUCUACCGCUAGCGACCUUAUUCAUAAAAUCAGAAACUUCGAGACGCAAAAACUGCUUUAAAAAAUAAUUAGUACUGGUUUGAAGCAACUUUGGCGCGCCGACAAACACGAUUUUUUGUUUUGAAGCAUGUUCUGUUUCUCCGAUGAACACGCCAAAAUUCUUUUUUUUUUCAUUUGAUAACUAGUUAUAACUGACCUGAAUAAUUUCAAAUUCAUUAUUUAUUUUAUUUUGAAAUACUAACCUUCAAGGAUUCACAACUUUCUCUGAAAAUCUGGACAAAUAGGCCUGACACCCUCGUUAUCAAGCAGUGUGAAAAGUAUUUUUUGAAUCUUCACCGUUCAAAUGCUUGAGGUCCCCGUGACAAAAUAAUUUUUUUAAUCUGGAAAGGCGCUUUCAACCUCUGAAAAGUUUCUUUUCAAUUGUAGAGCCAACCCGUAUCCUCGGUCGCUUCCAUCUUCUCUCCAUGCUUCUUUUUCUUCUAUCCUUUUUUCGGUGAGUUUUUCCCUUUCAAAUGAGGCUUGCAUUGUUGAAAAUUUAUAAUAAAAAGUUUGAGAGUUGCCUAGCCAGAAAAAAAAUCUCAUUUUUUCUUCUGAUUAUUCAGCAUUUUAUGGUAAUUUUGACUUUGACGCAAACUAUUUUCUUCAUGCCGCCUUCAAAGCGAUUUCCGCGAAACGCAAAAUUAUCUGUGAUUUUCCAGUAUUUAGUUGUCUUUUUCUUUCUCUGACGGUUAUUUUGGAUUUCGCGGAAUCCCAUGAAUACGGCAUCGGUAUCUUUCUAUUUCUCUCGUUCAGGCUUUCUUCUUGACCUUCUCCGAUCUUCAGCUGAUAUCGCCUUCUUUUUUUCCCAACUUGUAAGUUUUUUCAAAACUUACUGACCUCUUUUUUAAAAUUAAAAACGACCUUUCUUGCGAAUCAUGGUUGUGAUUGGGUUCUCUUAAAAUUCAAAAACUGAUUUCAGACUUCUCCAAACGUUUCAUAUGCCCAAGUUGCCGGACGACAUCAGACCCAACGAACUGCACUUGGAUUCUCGGUGAAAUCGUUCGAUUUCAAAAAGUCCAGGUAACAAUUUUCGAAAAAAAUAAAUUCAUUUCGGGAAUCCAGUAAUUCCCUUGUAAAAUCAGGAAACUGAAAAUGGUUGAGAAAAAAUGUUUUUCAACUUUUCUUAGUUUAGAAUUUAUUUAUUUUCCUUUAGAAGUUUGACUGAAGUUUCGAGAAACCCAAUUAACUAUUAUUAUCCUCGAUUUGAUGUCGUUCGAGAGAAAAAAAAACGCAUUUUGAAAUAGUUUAUUGAGGAGGAAUUAGGAACUGCUGAACUAUCUUGGUCGGUAUUGAAAAUGUAAAUAAUUCUAAGCGACAAUUGAACUAAAACCGCAUGAUAUAAUUUUCAAAAAAGAUUUUAUAAGUGGAAUUUCAAUAUUCAGUUUUGUUGUGCAUUUCAACUGUUAUCGUUUUAGGGACAUCCGCAGCCAUUUUUGUUGGCUCUGCCCGAAUGACCUUGUCCAAUUCUGAAGUCGCAGAAUUUUGUCAGUUCCGACAAGUGUUCUCAGGUAAUGAAACUGGAUGAUUAUGUGUGCUAAAAUUAAAUUUAGAAUUCUUCGCGGUCUUUUGCCAUGUGCCGUUUGAAUUCGCGGAGAGUAAAGGAUUUGCUGAGAAAUAUCGAUUACUUGGAUCAGCCCGAAUGAACUUGUCCAAUUCUGAAAUCGCAGAAUUUUGUCAGUUCCGACAAGUGUUCUCAGGUAAUGAAACUGGAUGAUUAUGUGUGCUAAAAUUAAAUUUAGAAUUCUUCGCGGUCUUUUGCCAUGUGCCGUUUGAAUUCGCGGAGAGUAAAGGAUUUGCUGAGAAAUAUCGAUUACUUGGAUCAGCCCGAAUGAACUUGUCCAAUUCUGAAAUCGCAGAAUUUUGUCAGUUCCGACAAGUGUUCUCAGGUAAUGAAACUGGAUGAUUAUGUGUGCUAAAAUUAAAUUUAGAAUUCUUCGCGGUCUUUUGCCAUGUGCCGUUUGAAUUCGCGGAGAGUAAAGGAUUUGCUGAGAAAUAUCGAUUACUUGCAUCAGCCCGAAUGAACUUGUCCAAUUCUGAAAUCGCAGAAUUUUGUCAGUUCCGACAAGUGUUCUCAGGUAAUGAAACUGGAUGAUUAUGUGUGCUAAAAUUAAAUUUAGAAUUCUUCGCGGUCUUUUGCCAUGUGCCGUUUGAAUUUGCGGAGAGUCAAGGAUUUGCUGAGAAAUAUCGAUUACUUGGUCGCCGCUUUUGUCAUGCUGAGCAGUCUAGUGGAAAUGAAAAGUUAGAUUGCAAGUCAGAAUCAUUGUACCAUAAUAUUAUAAAAGAGCCUAUAAAAAAACAAAAACCAAAAACACAAAAACCAAAAAAAGUUAAAGAAAAAAAUCAAAAAGUCAAUUAAAAACCCAAAAAAAUAUAAAAAAACGAAAAAAAUAAAAAAAUUAUAAAAAAAUUACAAAAAAAGAAAAAGGCCAAACUAACGUGUUUAUGCAUUCUUGUUGUCUCACCUUCUUUUCCUCAUUGGAAAAAACGCCCAUUCUUCAAGACGUCAUCAUGCCGCUAUCGAUAAGAAAAACGGAUAAUUCAUCCAAAUGAACGGUUAGCUUUUCAACUUGAAAAUUAAUUCGACCGAAAACUUUAGGAAAAUUGUCUCGGUUAAAAGUCGCCAGUUCUUCAUCAUUCGCUCCGAUUCAAAUAUGAAAUAUUUGGUUAGUUUUUUUGAUUUUUCACGAUAACACAAUCGAAAAAUCUUUAGUCAUAAAUGACGCAAAAGACUGGUCAUCAAACUGUUGUUCAAGUGUAUCGAAACACGAUUGGAAUCAAAUCUGAUGCAGAGUUAUUUAUUCCGAAUUUCAUGGUUGCAGCGUAUCUGGCCUUUUUCUCGGUCAGUUUUGUAAUCUAGUCGAAAGGAGAAAAUCAGAGAAAAGGUGGAAAGAAAUCUUUUCAGCACUGGAAUUUGGUUGAAACCAGGAGAAAAUAUUUGGCAUACAAUAGUCUGAAUGUAAAAGUUUCAUUGAUAAAAAGACAAUUUUCAGUUAAAAGCGGAAAAUUUCCGGUCGGAACUUUGUAUUAUCGAAUCUUAUGGAACUUUCCUGACGGAAAAAAGAGUUUUUCUCAAUACUUCUCCGAAAACUUGAUCAGGUUGAUAGUCUCAUCUUGUGUACUGAAUAAACAAAUUGUCUUUCAGAGUCUUCCAAGGUCAGAGUUUCAGGAACCUUUUCAAUAUGAUGAUUAUCUCUCUUAUUUUAUCCGUUUCGUUUCAUUUUCACAUGGUUCGUUUUUCUUUAAAUUCUUCCUUAAAAGUUUGGGUCAUUUACAGCUCAAUGUUUUGGUAUGAAAAUUGGAAGAAGUUGGAACGAAUCUAACGCUGUAAAAAGUUCAUUAAUAUAACAAGAAGCGGAUCCGACAGCCCCGUCUUUACCGAAUUGCUAUGGACCCUUGUAAAAUUUGUCCAAAGUCGGUUAAAUUUUAGAACUCGAAAAAAUGUUCAAUUUUUCAGAUUGCGGAAUAAAAGGCAAUAAACCGUCAAUUUCCAGCUCUAAUUUAUGUACUCGGCAAGGAAUUCAGCUCUAUUGGGACCCGAUUUCCUGUUUAUUCGGUUAGUUUUCUUCAUAACUUUUAGAAUCAUUGUAGAAAGUUUUCAGAUAGCUGUCGGUCAAAAGCUCAGUCCUCACAGAAAGAAAAAUGA